UUCUCCAGGGCGUCUGUAAACACCCCAGAGACUGUCAUGGAGAGGGAGGCGGCGGCAGCGGCGGCGCAGGGAGGCGUUUGGGGCCACUUCCAGGGCCCGCGCUGCCAUUCCUGAACCGGUCCCCGGACCCCGUGACUGUGGCAUCAGAAAGCUAACUGUUAGACAAGAGGAGGCAGCAGUCAGAACCCCAUCCCCUUCCUCCCGGGGCGGGGGCCGGGCCGGGCCGGCCUGUCCGCCGAGAUGGAUGACAGUAAGGUGGGUGGAGGCAAAGUAAAGAAGCCUGGAAAACGCGGCCGAAAGCCAGCCAAAAUUGACUUGAAAGCGAAACUUGAGAGGAGCCGGCAGAGCGCGCGAGAAUGCCGAGCCAGAAAAAAGCUGAGAUACCAGUAUUUGGAAGAGUUGGUAUCCAGUCGGGAAAGAGCCAUCUGUGCCCUCCGCGAGGAGCUGGAAAUGUACAAGCAAUGGUGCAUGGCAAUGGACCAAGGAAAAAUCCCUUCUGAAAUUAAGGCCCUCCUUACUGGAGAAGAGCAGAACAAAUCUCAGCAGAAUUCAACCAGGCAUAGCAAACCUGGGAAGCCAGAACCUAACAGCAACUCCUGGUGAAGAUCUUACACAGUGAGGAAGCGCGACUAAAGCCAGCAUCUCAUGUCCAUGAAGGACAAGUGGCACGAAUGUGCUCCUCGGCACGAUGUACAGCUGCGGCUCAGUAGCCGUCUCCACAGACCGCGGUUUCUGCCAGAACGUGUGAUCCCAGGUCGAGAAGACCUUGCUUUACCUUUCGGCACUUAGGAACUUUACACUCAGACCUGUUCUGUAUUACUAUCCAUGACAUAUAACAUGUGGUGAGGCUUGAAAGCACAGUAGCAAUAGAGAAAAGUGGGGAAAGAUUGUAUUUUUGCACCUUAACUUCAUAUAACUUUAUUGGUUAAUUUAUAUUCUUAACAUGUAAUUCAUGUCACUGUAUGUGUCUAUGUGUUUAGGUGUCUCCUUUCAUGUUUUCGAUUGCCCUAGAGAAAAACCAAAUGGGCUGAUGACUGACUUUAAAUUCUCAGCCUUCACGGACCUAAUAUUAUUUCCUUUGUAUUUACUUGAGUAAUGUUUCUUUUCUGCCUGAACCAUGAUUUCUCCUGUGAGCCAUUCCAGCAUAAGCUGUGAAUAUGUAUUAACAAAUAUGUACAUUUCUAUUUUUUUAGUCCAUAAUAAAAUGCCUGUUUUAAACAAUAUACAUGUUAUCUUACCAAAAUCCACCAAGAAAUCCCUCCAGACAGCUUCUAUGUAAAACUUUUAUUGCUGUUUUAUUAUUAAACUAUAUUUAUAAAAGUUUGCUAGGGCCAAAUCCAGACUUGGAGAAUAAUUACACAAAUUUUGUUUUUAAGCAAGAAGUAACCUUUCAGGCAUUUCAGCAGCAUACACUGCAUUGACGGUCUAGAGCAUGUGUGUAUGUAUAUGUGUUUCUAUUGUGUAUUUAUGUAUAUAUGUGGGGAGGACAGGAGUGAAUGUUCACACACAUUUUCUUGUGUGCUCUACUAGAUUGGAGAAUUUUCCUGAAGAAAAUAGGAUGAAACUAGCUGCUGAGAUUGUUUCUGCCUUGAGAUCUAGAGCAAAACAAAGGGACAAAGCAAUGGACACAUCUAGUGGCUUUAGCCAUUAGCAGAUACUUGCUGUCUUCCCUGGCGUGGGUGUCCUUACGACUGUGUCCUAAACCAGAAAGAAGCACACUGUGGUUGUGCAUCUGCUUCAGCCUGUGCCUCCGCUGUGCGGCCAGGCAUUGGCUCUGCAGUUGUGCGCAACGCUGCAGCCAGCAGGCCUCAGGGACGUGCAGAAGGGUGGAGCAGUGCUUUGCAGUUUCCAUCACAGCUGCACUUGCCGUCUACCUGACCACCAAGCAGACUGAUGGUUGAGGAACAAACCAAGUUCAUAUGAUACAGACAGAUGGACCUGGGCAUGUUUUCAUUUCCCCAGUAAGACACUUUGUCACUCUCUCUUCCCUCUCCCAUAGAUAAACCAGGAGUUGUGUUCUCUGUUGCUGCUAAAUUAUAAUUGUUCUUCACUCUAAUGGAGCAAAUAUUUGGCUUUUAAAUAAAAUAUAUUUUGUUAGAGACUGGCAGUUUAAGAGGAGGCACUGUAGUAUAGCUUCUCCGUGAGGUGGAACAUGAAAUGGACCACACAGCUCAAGAUUAGAACGUCUGCCCUUCUCAUAGGCCACGCCUUUGAAUUAGGUGCCUCCUCUUAGCCUAAGUUCCUGAAGUCCUCACAUGUCAGCUGCCAACUCAGAUCUGCAGGCUUCUAAGUAUAUUAGAGUAUGACUUCUAAUAUACCACUAGCUCCACAUGUUCAUUUUCUCUGCAUUUUGGAAGAUUGGGAGUUUAAGGGUAUUUAAUUAAUAUCUUCUUAGGACCAUAAUUAUUGAUAUUCAGGCAUUCAGAAUUUAAAUGUUUUAAGUGUAGCUGUCUGGAUUGUAAUUGGGCAUGUUUUUGCCCCCUAGUCUACUCAGUUGUGUAUUUUUAUUUUGCAAAACAACCCAAGACUGACAUUAUGUUGCUUUGCUUCAGUACCUUUUGAAUUCCCCAGAAGAGUUCUUUGCAAAAAACAUUCCAAAUGCAUGUGCUCUUCAAUGGAACGUCUCCAUUGUGCUUGAAGGGUUUCUACCCUGGUUGUAAUUCUAAGUUACAGAGUCAUUUCAGCUUCUUCCCUCUCCCCUAGUGUCCUUGCACGAGCAGUGACUUUGUUCCCAGGUAGAGGAUAUGCAAUUUUAGGAGAAAAUAAGUUACAAUUUAUUUGAGUUUAUUCCUGAACCUACCUGGUAUUGUCUUGGAGUACAUCAAACCAAGAGAAUGUUCCCUGGUCUUUAUAAGGAAUGUUGAUUGCUUUAGGUACUGACAAAACUCUUUGGCCUUUGGCCGCUUUGUUUUUGUUUUUUUGUGGUUUUUUUCUUUGUUUUUUUCUUUGUUUUUUGGGGAACUGGGGAUUGAACUCAGGCCCUUGCAUUUGCCAGGCAAUUGCUUAUUCUACUGAGCUACUUCCUCACCUCCUCUUUGGCCACUUUGAAGCGUGUUAAUGAAUAUCUCUAAAAUAGCUUGUGCCUCCCUCUCCUCGCAGUGAAAAUGCAGCACACUGAAGCCCCUUGCUUAGCACCUAGCAGUGACGACAGCAAGGCGGCUGAGGGAAGCAAGGGGCUACCCUCUGAGUCAUGUUUUCACUUCCUUUUUUUCCCAAAGAAAGAAAGGAGGGAAGUACGUUUGUGUAUUUAAAUCAUUCAAAUUUUGUUAGUAUUUUAGCAUCAACUUCCCAUGUUUUAGAAAAACUGAAUGUAAUAAAUUUGACUGGGUAAGUUUUAGGAUAUAAUUGAAGUUCUUAAAUGUUUUUCUAUUUUAUCUAAAAUCUUUCUGCUAUUUCUAAAUCAGAACUUUCUUCCUGCAGCAAAUUCAUAUUACUGUUUGCCAGCUAAUUGAUGGGACUUAGCACCACCAUUUAGCAUUUUAUUUUAUCAUCAUUGAAUUCUGGUAACUCUGAUUUGGUUAAUUACAGAAAGUAAAAGUUUAAAUUGAAUUUAUCUUUAGUUAAAGGAAAAAAUAAAACUUUAAAAAACGAAUUCUGUAUUUCACAAGAAAUCAGUUGCAUAUUUGUAAUUACAUAUUUUGCUUUUUUAAAAGGAGGAUUAUUAAACCACAUGGUAUUUGGGGGGCACUGAAAGAAUUUUUCUUUCUCUUAAGGAGCAUUGUACAAUUAUAUUUUUAUGAAAAAUAAAAUGUCUUUAACAGA